GGCCGGGCUGCCCCCGCCGGCACCGCCCCGUCCCGGCAGCGGGCGCGGCUGUUUACAGGUCCGACAGGUUGCGUCGGUCUGCGAUAAAAGACAUCUGAGGACAUCUGCAGAGAUGUGGCCGCUGUGGGGACUGGACCUGAACCGCGUGCGCUGUGACCUGCUCUUCACAGAAGCCAUCAACCAAAGGAUGCAGGUUCCCAACAGGCUGAAGGUGGCAGAGAGCUGCAGCCCUGGGGACAGGAGGACAGGGACAGAGGAUGUCCCUGCAUCAUUUCGGAUGCACAUCCCUGAUAGGAUUUCUCUGGCAGAGAUCUCAGACACCAGUUUGAGGCCAGUCCUGCUGACCCAGCCAAGGAAGGUCCCCUCUGUGGUGGUGCACAUGUCCCCAGACCCCUCUGGGGACCUCCCUUUCCUGCCCUCGGCCAGCAGAGCCCCUGCCCAGCGCCGCAAGCGAUCGGGCCAUCACAGCAGCAGGUCACGGAGGGACAGGACCCCCAGUGACUGUGCCCAGCUGGCCUUGCACAGCCCAGGACAGCAGCAUGAGGGGCUGGACUCGUGUCCCCUGCCUGCUCCCAGUGCCCCACUCCCCCUCCUCACCGAGGCAGGCAGGAUCUACUCCAUGCAGAACAUCUUCCAGACCAUGUACCUCCUGGGCCAGGUGCUCUUCCACCGUGUCCAGGACUCUCUGCGAGACCCAGCACAGUCCAGCUCCCCGGAGCCCAUCCCAGCUGCAGAGAGCGCCUUGGAGGAGGCUGGGGUGACAGAGGUGGCAGUGAUGAGAAGGCAGCUGGCGAGGAUCUCGGGGCGGCUGCGUGUGCUGGAGGAGCAGUGCCAUGCCUGGAGGCAGAAGGAGGCCCUGCUGUACUCUGUGAUGAUCUCUGCUUGCCUCAUCAACACCUGGCUCUGGCUUAGAAGAUGACAGCUCGUGCCCAAGCUCCCCUGCUCACCUGGCAGAAUGGGUGAGGGCAGGGAGUGGAGCAUUUCUCGUGUACUUGCCAGCAGUGAAACUCUUUUUUUCUUGACUAGGACUGCUUUUGGCACUGUGGGCCCUCAAGAGUCCGUGUCCUUCAUGCCUUGAUGACGGUGAAGGUGUGAGAAGCUGCUGUGAAGAGCUGAGGUCUCCCAAGGACCUGGUGGCUGACACAGAAGGUGUCUGUUCUGUGCAGUUGCCCUCAGGCUGCCAGAGGAGAUGCAAACCUGAAGUGUUGGUGUUUGUGGACCUGGGGUCCUGUUCCAGUCACAACUCAGUCCCCUGGCCACAUCCCACCUUGGACAUCUCAACUCUGACCCCAUGAAAGUUCUCGGCUGACUGCUGUGGUCAAUCCUCAUCUUCUAUAGAGUGACUGAGUGUUUCUGAACUUCUGCUGGGUUUUCUUUCCUUGUGCAGCUGCUGUUUGGUGGGGGUGGCACUGCCAGGUCUCCUGUGCCACAGAAAUGGAGCUGGAGGGGCCAGGAGCUCCCAUCCCUGCAGCCACAGCAGGUUUGUGCAGGUCCAAAGUGACUGUCAGAGCCUUGCUGACAUCCAGGGGUUGGGUUCUUUCCCAGAGAGAUUUACAUGGGAAACCUCCCCAUGGUGACUCUGUGGCUUACAAAACCUCACACCAACAGCAAUAGCACCAAACAGGUCAGGGAAAAUAGGUAUUUGUGGCACAGGGGAGUGGAGGAGUGUCUCUCCCAGGUCUUGCUGCCAAGCUGCAACUUCAAUGAUGGUGCAAGAACAUGGGUGAGGGAAAUUCCUGACCCAGAUGCUUUUUAACUAUAAACAAGCUCAGUUCAACAGCUUUUCUGUUGGUUUCCUUCUCUAGAGUUUAGUAGCACUUGAUUCUGAGGUGACUUUGAGAUGUUUUUGAUGGUUCAUCCAGCACAUCUGCUGGAGCUGUGCAUGCAGGCCCUGGGGGCAGGUUUUGGCAAGGCUUAACAGGACCUCUCUGUGUCACCUAUACCUAAUUAUAGCUGGAUCUACAUGUCAUCCAGAUGUCCCAAUAGCUUAUUUACAGACAGCAGUGCUCGGGUGUUUUCUGCUUGACACCGCAUCAAGCGUCCGUGACUGUAAAUCUGGCAGCUGGACAGUGACUAAUAAAUAACUGUCCCAAAGUAAUUGCAGGUCUGAACCUGUGGCUGAUUGCUGAGCUGAGCAGAGCACUGGGAUUUAUUGCAGGUGAGAGCCAGGGGGGUGUGCUGGGCUCGCUGUGCAGGGGGGUGUGCAGGUGGGUGGCUCCUGUGGCUGGGAGGAAGCUUGUGUUUGGGGUUUAUUUUAAGCUGUAUUUUAGGGUGAGAAGGGAUGAAUUUGGGAGGGCACACCACCUUCAAAGUGUGGCUUGAAGGUGUUUGGAGGAGAGGUGGUCAAACUGGACAUGUUCUCAUGGGCUAGUUACUGGCAGGUUGUGGAAGAGAUGACUUCUGUGUAAGGCAUAAAUUCUGGUGUAAAUCUGGAAACACUGACCACAAAAUGCAUAUUUUAAUAAACUCUGUGUGUUCUGGA